GCAUCGGAUGAUUGCGGACCUGGGGCUAACUUCACACACAACAAGGCAGCCGUUUGAAACCAUGUGAAAAAGUAUCGCAACGAUUGAUUUCGAUUUUUGUUUGCUUCAUAAGAACGAAUACAGUAACACAAAAAUGUCCGACGACGAAGAGCCACCGGGCGGUCGAAUGUUUGCAUUCACCAACGGUUACAACAGUCCGGAACGGAAACAAUACGAGUUCAGCUUUGCCCUGCCGGCCCCACCGAUUCCAUCGCCCCAGAUCCAACCGAUGGACGUAGACACUUCGGGACCGAUUCAGCUACCCGAGGAGACACCCCUCGAGCAGGUUGUGGGCGAAAAAAAGCGAAAACUGAACAAUGGCAAGGUGAGAAAAACGAUUAGGAAAUUGGGCCAGGAAAUCAAUGGACGCGCAAACGGGGGCAUAAACGGAGGAUUGAUGCAUGAAUUGCUCCAGCCACGCACCCUGCUGAUCUGUUCGAUUGUCGUGUUAGUGGUGGCAACGCUGUUUGGUGUUCUUACCAGUGAAGAUCUGCGACAGGAUGUUUACAAAGGAUACCGAAAACAAUAUCAGCUGCUGUUCUACGGAGUCGAGAAUUACUGCACCCAAGAGCUGAACCUCUCCAACGUAAGCCGAGCAUUGCAAAACAAUUUGGUAGGACAAAAGCAGGCAGUUUCUCGCAUAGAGCAUUUCGUCUACCAAAAUCGGAACCGUGAAUAUUCUUCGCUGGCGCUGAUUGGUCCCACCGGUGUUGGCAAGAGUCUGGCAGCGGAACUGAUUGCGGAAAGCUGGCAAUGGCAUCUGAAUGUGCAUCGGUUUCUAACCCACAUACGGCCGGGAGAUUUAUUUUACAAUUUUCAACAGUUUUUACACUCGAUCCGAGAUGGAAAAGAGGUGGAAUUCAAAUGUGGCCAUAAUUUGCUGAUAGUUGAACAGCUCGAGAUCGAUGACAUUCCGGUGGCUAACAAGAUUGACGAGCGGCUCCAGUUUGUAGCGGCCAAAGAUGGCGUACAGCUGACGACGCUGUUCGUGUUCCAAGGAACAGUGGCACGGGAUGAGAACAAAUUUGCAGAAUUGAACAUAGGCAUCGAACGGAUUCCGCUGCGAGCACUGACGGAAGCAGAUUUGGAGCAUUGCCUGCGACUGGAAGCGAAGCAGCUCGGGGUGAAUUUGGAUGCGCACCCACUGCUGCAACCACUCGUGUUGGCCAGUGUGGAUGUAACCAAUUACGGCUGCAAACCCGUUAAAGCUAAACUCACUUUGCAUAGUUAUACUUUCAAUCAAUCGACUGAGGCUUAGGUUAUUGGAUCCGCUAUCGGAUCACAAUUCGCGAGAGUGAAAAGAAAUAUACGUUUCGUUUAGUGAAUAAAAUCACGAUUCUGUUCUGGGUGAUAUUAAUGGGAACGAUAUUAUUUGAAUUAUUUUUAACACUGUUUGAAUUGCAAUUAUCCGUUAAGACAAUAAAUGAAUAAUAAUUGUUACUUUUUUUUCCUAAUAAAAUGUUUAUUGUAUUUACCAAACUAAACACAAAACAUUCAUAGUCUCGGAAAUUUAAGUCAGAACAUAAGCGGUAAUUUACUUAAAUACUUGUACUAAAACAACACAUAAAAUAUUCUAAACUACGUACAACAACUAAGUAGGCGUGUUCUACAGAGCAAGUGUACACAAUGGCGGCUAGCAGGAAACAAUACAACAACACGUCAAGCUCGACAACACAACAGUGGACAGGUGGACAGAUCCACGUUCCGGGCAGCCGCAGCGGCAGCUAGGGAGGAUUCGUGUUCCGGCAGUCUUACCUUGUUGAGCGCAGCCAGCACUUUGUCCGGCAUGUGGUCCUGGACCAUCACGGGGGAGAUGAGCACCUCGUCGAAGUCGGUGUUGUUCGCCCAAAUUGCCUGGUAGACGGGUUCGUGCUUCUUCAGCAUCUGUCUGCUGUGCGCAGAUGUGCGCAGAGGCGGCCAAAUAGAACGAGAGAGAGAGAGAAGGAAGACGAUUAUGUGUAGUUCAAUGUAUUGACUCGCUGACGGAUUGCGGGAAAUAAAUGUAAUAAUAUAACAUUCGUAAGUAUAAUAUAAAUCGAUUAACACUACUAUCGGAAACUAAAACUUAGUAAACGCUAAAUAUUCAGAGACUGAUCUACAGCUAAUAGUGGAACAACUUAG